ACUUCAUGUGAAUUCGACUAACGAUAACGAUACAAGUCAGCAAGUGAUCUGAAGCGAACUGCAUCCGUGGACAGUUAAAGGGGUGUGCGCCCCGGUUACUUAGAUACAAUUGUAAUUCUUAUAUUUGACAAUAAACUUUAAUUUAUACUAUAUGAAUUGGAAAUAAUACGUGAUCGAUAUGGGUGAGUUGUGUGAUAAUUCAUGAAGGAGGAUUACUCAGUUAUUUUCGUAAUUUACUCGGUAGCCGGGAAAUGCGAAUUUUAAUUUUAGGCUUGGACGGAGCCGGAAAAACUACAAUCUUGUACAGAUUGCAGGUUGGUGAAGUGGUUACAACAAUACCUACUAUAGGAUUUAAUGUAGAACAGGUCACAUAUAAAAAUUUAAAAUUUCAAGUAUGGGAUCUGGGAGGUCAAACUAGUAUAAGACCAUAUUGGAGGUGUUAUUAUUCAAAUACAGAUGCAAUAAUUUAUGUUGUGGAUUCGGCAGAUAAAGAUAGGAUAGGCAUAUCAAAAGAUGAAUUAAUUUAUAUGUUGAGAGAAGAAGAACUGCAAGGUGCCAUUUUAGUGGUUUUGGCAAAUAAACAAGAUAUGGCAGGAUGUUUAAGUGUAGCAGAAGUUCAUCAGGCUCUUGGAUUAGAUGCUCUUAAAAAUAGAACGUUCCAAAUCUUCAAAACAUCUGCAACAAAAGGUGAAGGUCUUGAUCAAGCAAUGGACUGGUUAUCAAAUGCACUGCAAAGUAGAAAAUGAUUAAUAUUAUUAAGAAAUUUUUUUACCUAAGCCUUAUUAAGAAGACUAGUCAUAUGACUGUCAAAUUGAACAAGCCACGCAAAGCUGGACACUUUAUUCCGUUUAUUUAUUAUAAUUAUAUUUUAAAUAGUCUUAUUUAAUCGAAUUUCAUCGAAAAACGAUAUUUAUAAUUUUCAUAAUGUGAAGCAGGGAAUAAAAAUAAAAACAAAAAUUUUAUCUUUCUAUAGAAAUUUAAAUGAAAUAAACAUAAAGAUUUAUUCAAUUUAAAUAUUUUUUUUCAUAUGAUUUAAUCAUUGCUGUAUUCAUUCUGUGUAAUUUUUAUUAUUUCUUAAUAUUACAGCAUCUUUGGAUUUUUAAUAUUAUAUUGGCAAACAAUAAGUGUAAAAAAAGUGUAAUGUAUAUUAAUAUAAAUAUAUCAUUUUUUAUUAUUAAUCAAAGAGAUUAUUUAUAAAUAUUGCAGUAAAAUUGGAAAUCGUUUGAAAUGUCAAUAUUUUGACAUACUGUGUGAAUAGUUAUGUAAAUAUAUGUAUUGGUUUAAUUUCAUUCAUAUAAUGUUAAGGUACAUAUGUAAAAUGUUCUUUUUUAUA